UUGAAUGGGUGAUGAUAAUGUAUUUGCCAUGUGGCCAGUGGCCGCUAUUCUAUAUGGCGUAUAUAUUCCCCUUGUCCAUGCGGUGGUUCCCCUCAUCGCUGCCAUUAUUUGCUUCUCCUCCUCCCUCCUCCUCCUCCUCCUCGCUGUCCGCCAAUCCAUCCAUCCAUCCAUCCGUUCGUCUCCUUCCUCGGAUUCUCCACUCCGAUCCCCCCCGCUAGCCGCCUUCAAAUUCGCUGCACCCGCGGCGUGUGCUUCCUUGGCGCGCCAUUGCUCGCUCGCUCGUUCGUUCUUGCCUCGGUCAAAGGCGCGGCCAGGCGGCGCCCCCCCGAGCUUUACUUACAGGUAGUGGUAGCUUGCGAGGGGAGAGGGAGCAGGGAGGGGACAGGAUGCUGGGAGCGACCCCCAAGGCGAGGAAAGGCGAGCCGGCGAAGCUGGGGUCGGCCAAGGAGGCGCCGCCGGCUGCGGCACCGACGGCGGCGGGGAACGGCAGGGUGACGGCGGAGGAGGUGUGGGAGGUGCGGCCCGGCGGGAUGCUGGUGCAGAAGAGGAGCGGCGGGGUGUCGGACGACGAGCCGUCGCGCAACGUGAAGCCGGUGCCCACCAUCCGCGUCAAGGUCAAGCACGCCGGCGUCACGCACGAGAUCUACAUCAGCUCCGAGGCGUCCUUCGGGGAGCUGAAGAAGCUGGUGGCGGCGAAGACGGGGCUCCACCCGGACGACCAGAAGGUGCUGUACAAGGACAAGGAGCGGGACUCCAAGGCGUUCCUGGACAUGGCCGGCGUCAAGGACCGCUCCAAGCUCGUCGUCGUCGAGGACCCCGAGGCCAAGGCGCGGCGGCUCAUCGAGCAGCGCCGCAACGGCCACCUCGAGAAGGCCGCCAAGGCCGUCGCCGCGGUCACCGCCGAGGUCGACAAGCUCGCCCCCAAGGUGGCGGCGCUGGACGCGUCGGUGCGCAAGGGGGAGAAAGUGGCGGAGAACGACGUGGUCCAGGUGACGGAGCUGCUCAUGAACGAGCUCCUCAGGCUCGACGCGGUGGUCGCCGACGGCGACGUCAAGGCGCAGAGGCGGAUGCAGGUGAAGCGCGUGCAGAAGUACGUGGAGACGCUGGACGCGGUGGCGGCCAAGAACGCCGCCAUCAUCCGCAAAUCCGGCGAGAAGGCCGCCGCCAAGCAGCAGCCACCGCCGCCGCAACAGCAGCAGCAGCAGCCGAGGCAGCAGUACAACCACCACCAGCAGCAGCAGCCGGCGGCGGCGGCGGGGCAGACGCGGUGGGAGAUGUUCGACCUGCUGUCGUCGCUUCCAUCCACAUCCUCGGCGUCGUCGACCACCACCGUGAGCUCGACGGCGUCCUCCGGCGCGCCGCCGACGAACCGGCUGGACUGGAUGCUCUUCUGACCGAUCGAUCACCAGCGCAAGCAGCAAAAGGGCGAGGAGGAAUCGGAAAAGCGAAAGGCGGAAAUGCAGUGCAGAUGAGAUGCAAUGCUUGUGUGCCAAGAAUUGCACCCACCCCCGUGCGUGCCCCGGCAGAAAUCUGAUAGGAUCCAUGAGAGCGCUCGUGUCCUUGAUGAGGCCAUGAUUGGGCUAGCCUAGCUAGCUUUGCGCCGGUGAUUGCUUUGCUUUGCUUUGCUUUGCUUGGCCACACACACACAUCGCAUCGCGUCGCGCUGCAUUGCAUGGUAUGGUACCACUGGUAGUUCAGUUCAUCAUGUGAGGAUGCAUGUGAGAGUUUUUUUUUUACUUUUUUUUUUCCUAUUCUUCUUCUUCUUGUUCACCAAAUGUUUUUCAGAUUCUUUUGUGUGCAUAUUAUUCAGAGAGAGGAGAGAGAAAAGAGAGAAGAGAGAGUUGGUUUAGGGCAAGUGAAGUGUAUUCAAACAGAUUGGGAAUAAGUCGAGUCAAAAGGGUUGUCGGUCUCCAAUUGGGUGUCUGAACACUGAAAGAAAGAAAUGUAGCCAUGCCUUCCUACAUGCAUAGUACAGUCUCAUGAGUCAUGUGAACCGUGACAUGCUACCAAAAA